UUCCCGCCCCACAUCCGGGUCCCCGCCCCUUCCCGCCGUGCCCCGCGGCCAGCAGCGGCAAGAUGGCGCAGCCGCCGGUUCUCCUCAAGGACAUGAAGCUGAUGGACGUGAAGCUGGGCCAGCUGCCCAGCUGGGUGGCGAUGAGGGACUUCACGCCCGGCGGCGUCGUGGGGGCCUUGCGGAGAGGUUAUGACAGAUACUACAAUAAAUACAUCAAUGUGAAGAAAGGGGGCCUGGCUGGGGUCACCAUGGUGCUGGCUGGUUACGUUGUUGUCAGCUACAUCUGGAGCUACAGUCACAUCAAGCACGACCGUUGGAGAAGGUACCACUGAAAUGUGAAGGUGCAGCUCUGGAGCAGCCUUGGCUGCUGGCACAGUUAUCCUGCCUGCAGACAUCAGAACUAAUCAUACUACAGUCUGUACUGUUAUGACCAAAAAUAAAGUGCAUGCACUUCACACCUA